CAGAGCAUCACCCUCUCAAAACCUCCAUUUCUUGCGGCGAUUUUGUGAUAAUUACUGUAAAUCAUCACUUGACGACGUUCAUACUGAACUAGUCCAGCACUCACCGGCGCUGAUUUUGAGACCGGACGGCCGUUUAUUUCCAGAAUUGCGACGGUGAUUUAUUUGAAUCUUUUUGAAUUGUGAUGAGGUGAGCGAGGAAAAUGGAUGACUGGGAACUGAGCCAGGAGGAAAUGGAUUCCCUAGAAAGAGACGCCUAUAAGCAACUGGCCGAGCGCAAUCAGUCAUGUGCUGCUGCUACAACCAGUCAUAGUAGUAGGACUAUGCCCGCUGUGUCUCCUCUGCAAGGACAUGUGCCUUCUUCUCGUUCCCCAGCCAAGCCUCCCUUCCUCUCACGUCCUCAUCUCAACAAUGAUAAGAUUAAUAUCUCACAGCAAGCCAGAAUAAUGCCUUCACCAGCGGUGCCAAAGAUGACUGUUAAUGAUAAUCCUCCAAUGCCACAGCAAGCGAAGGUAACAGUUAAAUUUUUCCUACAUGCCACUGGUAAUAUAGCUUCAAAGUGUCCCUACGACAAGUUACUUGUAGGAGCUUUCCACAAUAUCCCUAGAGCUAAUUGGAAUGCAAAAGAAAGAUUAUGGAUGUUCCCUUUGUCAUCAUUACCCUUUGCAGAAAGUGUUCUUCAAAAUCUCCCUGGCUCUAAUGUUGAGAUAGAGAACUUGGAUCCUUUGGUAAGGCAUGCUAUUGCUGCUGCAACUGCUGUUCCAGAUCUUCAAGACAAAUAUGAUAAAAUGCCCAGUUAUAUUGAAUCAAAGCUCCUAUCUUUUCAACGUGACGGUAUCAGGUUCAUCUUGCGGCAUGGAGUGCGGGUCCUUUUGGCUGAUGAAAUGGGGCUAGGAAAGACUCUUCAGGCCAUUGCAGUAACCUCUUGCCUCCAAGAAGCAUGGCCUGUUCUUAUUCUGGCUCCGUCUUCUUUACGUCUCCAUUGGGCUUCUAUGAUACAACAGUGGCUUAAUAUUGCACCUUCAGAUAUAUUGGUGGUUUUGUCUCAGUCGAAUGGUUCAAACAAAGCUGGAUUUAACAUAGUGCCCUCAAAUUCCAAGAUGCCUAUUAUUCUCGAUGGCAUCUUCAAUAUUAUAUCCUACGACAUUGUGCCUAAGUUACAGAACACACUUUUGGCUUCAGCUUUCAAGGUUGUAAUUGCAGAUGAAUCACACUUCCUGAAGAAUGCCCGAGCAAAAAGAACAACCUCCUCCCUUCCCAUAUUGCAGAAAGCCCAGUACACAAUCUUGCUCAGUGGAACACCAGCUUUAUCUAGGCCAAUAGAACUUUUCAAACAGUUGGAAGCAUUGUAUCCUGAUGUGUAUAAGAAUGUCCAUGAAUAUGGUAGCCGCUACUGCCAGGGCGGCGUAUUUGGAAUCUAUCAAGGUGCAAGUAAUCACGAAGAGCUUCAUAAUUUGAUGAAGGCUACAUUGAUGAUUCGCAGACUUAAGAAAGAUGUUCUCUCUGAGCUUCCAAAGAAACGCAGGCAACAAGUGUUCUUAGAGUUGGGUGACACGGAAAUGAAACAAAUUAAUGCACUGUUUCGUGAGCUGGAGAUUGUGAAAGGGAAGAUCAAAUCAUGCAAGUCCAAGGAAGAGGCUGAAUCAUUGAAGUUCACAGAGAAAAAUCUUAUCAAUAAGAUUUACACUGAUUCUGCUGCAGUCAAGAUUCCAGCUGUUCUGGACUACCUGGAAACCAUAAUUCAGGAAGGUUGUAAGUUUCUAAUAUUUGCGCAUCAUCAACCAAUGAUUGAUGCUAUACACAAAUUUCUUCUGAUGAAAAAGGUGAAAUGCAUAAGAAUUGAUGGCGGCACACCAGCAUCAUCAAGACAAGCUUUAGUGACAGACUUUCAGGAAAAAGAUUCUGUGAAGGCUGCAGUGUUGUCCAUCAAAGCUGGAGGUGUUGGUUUAACAUUAACUGCUGCAAGCACAGUAAUAUUUGCAGAAUUAUCUUGGACUCCUGGUGAUAUCAUUCAAGCAGAAGAUCGUGCUCAUAGGAUUGGUCAGGUUUCGUCGGUCAAUGUGCAAUACUUGCUUGCAAAUGACACAGUAGACGAUAUAAUCUGGGAUGUUAUUCAGCACAAACUGGAAAAUCUCGGGCAGAUGCUCGAUGGUCAUGAAAAUUCGCUAGAAGUUUCUGUUAAUCGACAUGGAGCCAGCCCUUUGAAAGCUUCCGGCAGUCAACCUGGAAGCAGCCCCUUGAAAGCUACAGGCAGUCAACCAAGAACCAGCCCAAUGAAGCAGACUAAACUAGACUUCUUCCUGAAGCGCUGUAAUAACUCUGAGCCUGAUGAUGAACGCAAGCAGAAACAGCCAAGGAACUGAAAUCCUAGUAACGUAUGUGAGUCUCUAGUUCUGCAGAGAUAAUUACGGAUGCUUAAACUACUAGAGAAAAUUUUCAGCGCGUAAAACCUGUUCAUAAUGUCUAGUCAUUCAUAAUUUUCCAGUCUACAUUAGUACGUGUCUGAGAUUCUUUCCAUCUUCUCUCCUUCACAAUUGGGAUUGGAGGUGACUAUUAUGUAAUGUGUUUUGAAUGAAGGUAGUUUUUGUCUAUUCAUUGUACAUAAACUUUGUCUUUCUUGUUUUGUUGUUAGAAUUGGGAGGGUUGAAUUGA